AAUAUUGGUUUUUUGCGUUUUUUCCCACCAGGUUGACGUUAGUUAAACAUCAGGAGAGUAAAAUAGCUUCUGGCCAAUAGUGAGUGACGUUACAGUGCUCCUACCUCCAAUAACUAGACCGUUGUGAACUUAAACCGGCUGAAUUUGACAAAUGGACGAACACGAAAACCAGACAUGUAUUGGGUUGGGGUCAUCCAGUACAAAUAAAAAUGGCAAGGUCAAGACACCUCGAAGAAUCCUCCAUUUUUCAGAUGGUACUCUUGAGGAAUACAGCACAGAUGAAGAGGAGGAAAAGGAAAAACCAGAACCAGAUCCAAUGAGCCUAGUGGAUCCAAAGUCUCUAACUUGGGGCCCAUGGAUGUAUUAUUGGAUGCUAUAUAGCGGUAGUUCUGCUCUUGCAGCAUGUGAUUACGUAGGAGAGAGCUUGGCCAAUUUCUUAGGCAUAACAUCACCCAAGUACCAGUAUGAGAUUGACGAAUAUCACCGUUCUGUUGAGGAGGAGAAGGCCGCAAAGGAAGAGGAAGAUGCCGAAAUGGCAGGGUGGAAAUCCCCGAGCCCUUUGUCUGAUUCAGAUCAGGUUGUGCCAACAGCCUCAGCGGUCGAACAUCCGCCCUCUCCAUCUCAUAGCUUGAGACAGGUAAGUUGAACUUCCUUACUUUAG